AGAAGAAAUGGAGGAUGGGGUGGCCUUUGGAGGAUAAGAAGAGGCAAAGACUGGUCCCAAAUUGAUCCAGAAUAGCCAUAGUUGGCUCAAAACCAUACGUGGCUCUGUCCUCGAGAGACAAGGAUUUGAUAUUGUUUUGGCAUUCUGCAAUCUACAAGCAUGCACAGCACAAACAAGACACUCACCAUGGACGCUGGUAUGCUUAAUGAUCACACACCUAAACUUCUCUGGUUGAUUGGAGAACUGUGUUUCUCUUUCACCAAUGUUUAGGACUUGGAAAUCCAUCUGCACGACUUCUGCCAACAAUGGUUUGGAACAUAGCUUGUCAUUAUAUAUUCUAUAGCAUAGAUCUCAAUAACAAGAUGAAUAUUUUAUAUGCUCGAAUGUGGAUCCAUAUCCAUAAUUAUAUGCAAAUCUUUUUCGUUUUUCUUGAGAAGACAUGAUCAUGCAUCUGGCUACCAACUUCCAUUGUGGUGUCUCCUCCCCAAUCCAUGCCAUGAUUCCUAGUCAAACACUAUGGCCUAAGCCCCAUGUGCAAAUCUAAAGUUCUUCCCUCUUUUGCCUUUACAGCUUUUACUCCCUUUUCCUUGGGUAGAAUCAUUUGAUAGCUCGAAGGCCAGGAAGCCAUCAUCUCAACUGCUGCAGCUCUGUACCAAAGUGUUCCUGGAAAGGGAAGUCAAAAGGGAAAGUCAUCCUUUGCCGUAUUUGAUUCUGUUGAGAUAUAUAUAUAGUAAUUUACAUGUGCUUUCUGUUUCUGCACACACCGAAAGGCACUGUGAUGGAUGAUUACUUUUUGGGUUCCUGACACUAAUCACUUGGAUUCUGCACUUUACAGAGCAAAGCUUGGCUUGUCAGAUUGUAGGGUUGACUCAUCUAAUCCUUAUACCUAAAGGAGAUUAGUCAAAGUUUAUGUUCAACUCUGUUAUGCUGCAUGCAUUUUAUUUCUCUGCCACCUUCAUCAAAAGUCUCAAGUAGCAGCUGCUAGCUGCUAGCUGCUAGACCACAAGUAAUCUUCAAUGAGAUACUUGUGAAACCAGAGACUAGUAACUGUGGGAACAUCACAUUACUUGAAAUGUGUCAAUGCAAUUUGUCAACAAGUUAGUUUAGAUCAAAAGAUGAAUGACUGCUACCAACAGAUUAAACUGAUGUUUUAAGAACCAGCUGAGCCAAAUGCAUAAUCAAAUUCAUUGAGCACAUUUUCUCUUGCUACCCAAACUAUCAUGUGAGAACACCUCCAUAGAAUCAUAGGAAGGUCUCUCUCUCUCUCUCUCUCUCUCUCUCUCUCUCUCUCUCUCUCUCUAUGUGAUGAACAUAAUUGAGGAAUCAAAAAUUUGAGUUACUUGUGAAUAUAUCCCACUUUCUUCCUUGUCGGUGGAGUGCACAAACAACCAAAAUCUUGCAAACUAUUCAAUAUCCAGGAGCCAAACACCAAAGUUCUGCGGCUCUUAGCCCACACUGCUUGCUCUUGUUUCCAUCCCCAAGUACCAGAAAAGAAAUGAGCAAAUGCAAUCACAUACCACCCAUGCAUGGAUGUUUUUGGAUAUCUUUUGAAUACUCUCUGUGUUGUCCUUAUCAUGUUCAUGUUGGGACCUGAAAUUGAAAAAGUGCACACAUCGAGUAUGGGUAUUUCUACUGUCAUUUUAGGUCUCCAGGGAACCACAUAGUUUGCCAUCCAAAACAGAGGGGUGAAUGGUGGGGAGACUUGAAGGAUUGGAGAUGGUGGCCUGAAGAAUUUGAAGUGGGUAAAACUAAAAAUGAUAUCUUUUUUUUUGCUUCUCUGAACCAAGAGGAAUGGCGUGAUGGUACCCAUCAUUUUUCUCUGUAAUUUUGCCCACCUGUGGUUCCCUCCAUGCUUGACAUUGGAGCUCGGUCCCAUCAUUAGGAUUCCAGAGACAGAGCAAGCGAUGUGGAGAAAAGGAAGGGUGGGGUGGCGGUAGAAGCAAAGAGACGAGAAAUGGUUAGUGCGAUGGAUUCUCCUUUUGCUUCCUAACCGUCCUUCGUUUUCGGAUCGAAAGGUUUUGCUUCGCAAGUUGAUGAUUCCUUGUUUUCUGGAGGAAGAAACCCCUUUUAGGUUCUCAAGUAUGAAUCUUUCUUACAGAAAAUGAAGAGCAGAUGAAGGAAAGAUUGGAUCUUUAGGUCGUUCUUAGAGAAAUCGGGUUCAAGUUUUAAUCUUUUCCUUUCAUCGUACAUAUUCAAGUUCAUCUUUGCAAAUAGCUUAGACUAAAUUCUUUUUUCUUACUGAAAACAGAUGCUUUGAUUUUUCUGACAUAGAUUGAUGUUUUUUCUCUGUUGUUGCAAGUAGAAGUGUCCACCCAUCUCUGCAAUUCCACUGGCUCUUGUAGAACUUUCACUCCUGAAAUGCCACUGAGUUGUAACUUUGCAUCUAAAGUUUGAACUUCUCGUCCUGAAAAAGCUCUAUUGUGUGCAGGUACAUGCAAUCUUGACAUCAACUUAGGAACUGAAACUGUUACUUAUGGACAAUAAUUUAGAUUUUGUGUCUUCAGACUCCAUGAUGCCCUCUUGAAUGAAUUCUCAUUGUGAAGUUAUCGAGCAACAGGCAAAGAAAUAUGACUGAUUUUAGAGUCAGAAAGCUUGGGCAAGGUCAGAUGAAAGCCAGAAAUGUUCCCAUCGCUGUAACUCCUGAAGGGUUUUGGUGUUGCCCCUCUCCUGCAGUUCUACAAAAGACCAUUAAAAAUCAAAAUCACCAAAACAAGAAAAAGAUACUGUCUACAAUGCCGUCAAAGGCAUCUUCUGUUCAGAGGCCAAUAAGUUCCCCAGUAGACAAAGGAACACUUUCUGAUCCAUUAAGUUCAAGAGUUUGUUCCGAGGAUAAUAGUUGUCUUACCUCUGAUACUGCUGCUAAAAGUCCAACAAAGGCAGCUGAGAGUCUCUCAAAAUUAAAUGUUGGGAAUCAACACCAAAAAAUUUCUGUGGGCUUUGGUCAGCCUGAGACCAGUGAUUUGAAGAUUAUUUUGUUUGGGAAAGAGGGAAUUGCCGUCGAGAUGAGCGUUCACAAGGCCAUUCUCACAGAACACGGUAGCUUCUUUGCAGAAAAAUUCUCUAGGCAAUCUCCGGUACCAUUUUUUGAAAUUUCUGACUGUGAAGAUGUGGAAAUUUAUGUUGAAACUGUGGGGUUAAUGUACUGUGGUGAAGUAAAACACAGAGUAAUCAAGCAAAGUGUUUCACGUGUGCUCCGCAUUCUAAAGGUUGCUGAAUCGCUUGGCUUCCAUGCAUGCAUUAAGGCAUGCUUGGAUUACCUGGAGGUAGUCCCAUGGGUUGGUGAAGAAGGAAAUGUGGUGUCAUCUGUCCAACAUCUCCAGAGCAAAAAUUAUAGCAUAAGUCCUAUAUUAAAGCGAGUAUUUUCUGAUACAUCGAAACCUCCAAAUGAUACUCUUGCUCAUAUAAUGGAGCUAGUCCUCAGAAGCAACGAGGAGAGAGGUCGACGUGAGAUGAAAUCAUUAGUGCUCAAACUUCUCAAGGAAAACAGUUUCUGGACUGAUGGAUCCGUAGACAUAUGCAUCGGAACUUUGUAUAGUUUAUGCCAAAGCUGCUUAGCCUCGUUGAUAGAGCUCUUUAGACAAGCAUCCAAGUCUACUCGUAUCGAAAGCAAGGAUCCUACAGUGAGGAAGAUAGCUCUCGAGGCAGAAAAUCUUCUUUGGUUGGUCGAGAUUUUGGCUGUCAGGCAUACUGCAGAUGAAUUUGCCUUGAUGUGGGCUAGUCAAAAUGAGCUUGCUCAGCUGCACUCAAAGCUUCCAGUCAUGUCGAGGCACCGAGUUAGCUGCAUUACUGCCAGGCUUUUUGUUGGUAUUGGAAGAGGAGAGAUGCUUCCAUCGAAGGAAACUCGGCAGCUGCUAUUGCAUGUAUGGUUGCAGCCACUGGUUGAUGACUACAGUUGGUUACAACAUGGUUGCAGACAAUUCGACCGCAAGGUUGUUGAGGAAGGAAUAGGCCAAACUAUUUUGACACUUCCUUUAGAAGACCAGCAAAGUGUUCUGCUGUCAUGGCUGGAGAGCUUCUUGAAGGUUGGUAGUAACUGCCCUAAUCUGCAGAGAGCCUUUGAGGUAUGGUGGAGGAGAACUUUCAUAAGGCCUUACUUUGAGCAACAUGGAAACAAUCUAAAAAUGGACAGAAAUUGAGUAGUUAGGUUGCCCUGUAUUAGCUGAGUGGUUUAUGAUGAGUUGCGAAAGGAGUGUACAUUGGUUUGAAGAUGCAUUCAUUCUUGAAAGUUAGCAUCAUGGUGAUGGCGGCUUAUAGACUGGAAAUUUUGAGCUACUAAUCUUGUGGCAGACCUGAUUGGCCCUUUAGUAGCAUCUCAGGAUUGAGUUUAAGCUUGCAGGUUUUGAUCUGUUAGAAGGCAUGGCUGGAAGUGCAUAAAGGAGGUGCAAUAUCCUGAUUGGCUUAUCAUCUUUCCCUCUCUUUAUGGAUGAGAACUGAAAUCAAAUCUUUACUAAUAGAACAAACACAUGAAUUCAGAAUUCCAUAUGUGGAGUACACUGAACUUGACAUUCCUGAGACAAAAGUUUGUAAUGAUUUGAAGUAUAAACUAUAUAUUUUCAUCUUUUGUUAGCUAUUUCUGGAGAAACAAUUGUUAUGAUGUUGCAGUUGCCAUUGUGAAAACAGAAGUUGACACUCAAUAGAGAAAAGCUUGUAAUGAUAAAAGUUUAAUCUCUGACAAAUUUUGAUGGCCAUCUUUGGAGAAAUUUAUUGUUGUGAGUUCCAUUUUCCAUGGAUCACCUUGCCAAAGGAUUGCAACAGAAGCAGUGAAAGGAGUGCAAGGAAUGUAGAGGAGAGGAACUCGAAGUGCAGUCACAUCUCCCAUUCACUCCUCUCCAAGGAUCAGCUUCAGCAUGCAGGGCCAUAUCAUGUCACAGGGUGGCUGGGAGACCUCAACAACAGAAUACAGGGGAUAAAGACACGAUGCCUGGAAGAAGCCUUAUCCACAAGAACCUUCACAGGGUAAGCAUACACCCUCAUCUUCCUACCACUGUAAUUUAGAUCUGCAACUCUUUCUUCUUCAGCCAUGUCAACAGCUCAAAGCAGGUUAAAUUGUAGCUUUGAUACCAGCAGGAAACAUGGUGGCUGAGAUCAUAGCAUUCUCAUGGUUCAUGUUUAACAUAUACCACAGGUGCUCAAUGGCAAAGAUCAGUUGCUACAAGCCCACAUACAAAUCUAACGUUGAUAGUAACAACUAUGACACAAGCUGCAAGGUGAGUGAUUUAUGGUGCUUGUUUUGAGCAGAAGACACAGUGUAGUAACAUGCCAAGGUUGUUUUCUUUGUGUCUUCCUCUC